GUGAACUUGUGAUUGAGAUUGAGAUUACGAAACGUCACUUUUCUAAAUCAUAAAAUUUCGUUAAUUCGUGCUUUAAAUAAAUAUUUAAAAGAACAGUUAUAUGUUACGAAUCGGAAAAUAUCUGAAGUUAUAAUUAGUAUAAUCUGAUUUAGCUUUUGCUUGUGCUAUUUUUUUUAUUGUAAGGCUGCGAAUACCUGUUAGGUUAGGACCUAGUAGGAACAAUUAAUUUCAAGUCUUUUUGUUUUUAUACUAUCAUUUGCGAAAUGUGUAUACAGGUUCCAUUAUUGGAUUAUGGGAAGGCAUGCCGUAUGGCGCAAGGAAGCCAAGAAAUCGAGAAGAAAGAGGAUUAGGACUAUGUUAGCUGUUGCCCGUGACAAAAAAUUAUUGGAAGAACAAGAAAAACGAGAGAAAUCACCUACAUACAUAGCGUGGCUAGAAGAGCAACGUGUGUUGGAAGAGUUUAAUGCUGCUGAGGAACAACGUCUUGCCAUGCAGAGACAGCAGCAGUUUGAUGCAGCAGAGGAGUCAGCUCUCUUGCGUUGGAGAGAGCAGCAAAGUCGCCUGGCACAGGCUAAGGCUGAAAAAUUUAAACGGGAGAUGAUGAUAAAAGAAGAUUGGGAAAGAGAGCAGUUAAAAAUACAAAUAGCGGAAGAAGCUCGUAAGAGGAUGGAAGAUGAAAAAAAGAGAAAACAGGCGGAGCUUCUUGCUCAAAUAGAUGCCUUUAUCGAGGGUCGAGCUGAAUUACCUGAGGAAGUCAAUGUGUCAACCCAAACUCAGCCUGGCCAACCGGAUUGUCCGUUCUUCUCUAAAACUGGAGCCUGUCGCUUCAGAGACAGUUGUUCUAGGAAUCAUGUACGCCCCGGAAUCAGCAGAACAUUACUCAUACCUAACUUCUACGACCAUUUUGGGCUGACGACUCUCAACCAGGAUGAAUAUGAUACAGACCUUAGCCUAGAAUAUGAAGAGUCUGAAACCUACCAGCACUUCAAGGAGUUUUACAAUGAUGUUUUGCCGGAGUUUGAGCAGUUUGGAAAGGUUUUGCAGUUCAAAGUUUGCAACAAUGAGGAGCCACAUCUGAGAGGCAAUGUUUACGUGGAGUUUCAGAGUCGUAGACACGCCCUCAAGGCUUAUCGAACCUUUCAAGGUCGCUUCUAUGCUGGCCGGCGACUCAACGUUGAGUUCACCACCAUUCCGUCCUGGAUAAACGCAGUUUGCGGUCUGUUUCACCGAAAAAAAUGUCCUAAGGGUAAGACGUGCAAUUUCUUGCAUGUUUUCCGAAACCCAAACAAUGCCUUUGCAAUUCAUGAUGGACACUCAUCUUCGAGGCGCCAAUUCUCUAGAUCUCGCUCCAGAAGUCCUCAACACAGAUCGAGGAGCAAAGACUUGAAUUGGUCAGACAGUUCCGAUUCAGAAAAUGAGAAGAAAAGAAGAAGAAGUCCCAGUGGCAGCAAAAGUAGGAUACGAUCAAGAAAAUAUGAAUCUGAUUCCGAAAAUAACCAAAGAAGUAGAAGUGUAAGUCCCAAAAGAAGCAAAGCUCGUUCAAGAAAGCGAUCAAGAAGUCGUGAAAAAGAUAGAAAGAGAAGAGAAGGUAAAGAAACCAAAAACCACGAAUCAAGAUAUAGGAGUUCUUCAAGAAGUCCACAUCAAGAUAAAAAGUACUAUAAAAAUGAUAAGCGUGAUGAUAGAAGAGCAAAAAAAGACAAACGUGAAACAGUGACAAAAGAAAAAGAUGAAUCUAGUAAAAGAAAGAAGUAUAAAGAAGAUGACAAAAAGAGGAUUGAAAAAACUUUAAGUGGUAGUGGCAAAAAACAUGCUGAUCCUAGGAACGGUAAAGAAACCAAUGGUAGACAUGACUUGAGCAAACAUGAAAAACAGUCAAAAAAAGAUAAUGAUUACAAAAGAAGUGACAAGAAAAGUGAAAAAGAAGAGUACAAUAAGAAACAUAGGAAACAUAGUGAAAGCUCUGAUUCAUAGUCUAAAACAAUAGUUUUAAAACUAAAAUUAGUUUUCAAACAUGGCAAUUGAUAUGUACAGAUUUGAUUUAAUACAAUUACCAACUAAGGUCCUUUCAAGGCUCACUUUGUAAUUUUAAUUUUUUCAUUGAAGAAUAAUUUUUGUUUUGAAUAGCCUAAUUGUAUAAAUAUCGUAUGUGUAGAAACUUUAAUUAAAUAUAUUUUAAUUAGA